AUGAAGGGUAUGAAGGCCAAAUUCAUUCUAAUGGAAGGGAGCUCAACCAAGUUCUUUACGGCACGAUCGCUAGCCUUCUCAUUGAGACCAGCAGUGAAGAAAGAGUUGGAUCGCGUUGUCAAUCUCGGCAUACUAACGGCAGUAGACCACAGUGACUGGGCCGCGCCCAUUGUGGUAGUUCCUAAAAAAGACUCUAGCAUUAGAACAUGUGGAGACUUUAAAGUAACUGUAAACUUCAUGCUUCAAGUUGACAAAUAUCCCCUACCCAAGAUUGAGGACAUAUUCGCUAAUCUGCCGGGCGGAAAGCACUUUACGAAACUCGACUUAAGGCACGCCUACCUACAAAUGGAGGUGGCUGAGGAGGACAAAGAGUACCUGACAAUCAACACACAUCGCGGGCUCUUCCGGUACAACCGACUCGUGUUCGGUAUAGCCUCCGCUCCAGCGAAUUGGCAACGGACGAUGGAGCAAGUCUUACAAGGUAUCCCAGGAGUGCAAUGUAUCAUAGACGAUAUGAUAAUCACUGGUCGCACUGACGAUGAACACCUGAGGAACCUCGCCGAGGUACUGGGUAGACUGGAGAAAUAUGGACUACAUGCAAACAUUGACAAAUGCAACAUCUUCAAAGAGAAGAUUGAAUUCUGUGGACAUGUGAUUGAUGGGGAAGGUCUUCACAAAACGCAAGACAAAGUUGACGCGGUAGUCAACGCCGUGGUCCCUGAAACUGUCACCCAGCUUCGUGCGUUUCUGGGUUUAGUCAACUAUUACGGUAAAUUCCUCCAGAAUUUAUCCACAGUGUUGAGGCCGUUACAUCAGCUUCUGGAGAAGGACACAAAAUGGUCAUGGACACAAGACUGA